AUGGCUGAAGGAGAUAUUUUCAAAUCAUCAGAUCUCGAGGAGACGUUCGAUAAGGCAGCACGUCAUUUACAAAGUCUCGUUUCACAAUUGGAUUCCGGUCAGCUUCUUGGAUUUUAUGGACUUUAUAAACAAGCAACAUGCGGUUCAUGUGACACACCAAAACCAAGUUGGUAUCAAAUGCAAGCGAAACAUAAAUGGGAAGCAUGGCAAUCUUUGGGUGAAAUGAGCCGUGAAGUUGCGAUGGCAAGUUAUAUUCGUGCUGUUGGAAAAAUUGAUCCCGAUUGGGAGGAAAAAUCAAAUGAUAAUUCACAAGCAUGGGUAGCAGUUAGUAGAUUACCUAAUACCGAUGAAGAAUUACGUGACAUUGAUAAAACAUUUUUUGAUUGGGUAAAAGAUGGAAAUGAGGUGAAAGUUGCUGAAAUUUUAUCACAAAAUUCCAAAUGUAUUUUGCAAGAUGAUGAAAAUGGUAUGUAUCCAUUGCAUUGGGCAGCUGACAGAGGACAUGUUCCGACAAUUAAGUGUCUCGUUGAAGCGGGUGCUGAUAUUAAUGUUAAAGAUCAAGAUGGACAGACACCAUUGCAUUAUGUUGCAUCGUGCGGUCAUAUUGAGGCUUGCAAAUAUCUAUUAUCUAAAGGAGCCGAGAAUUUACAAGACAACGAUGGCUUGACGCCUAAAGAAAUAGCUGAUGAACAUACUUUACCAAUGUUUUAAUAUCUUAUAAGUACACGAAUUGUAUACUUGUUUGGGUGUAAUAAAAGUAUUCUAAAAUAUAA